AUGUUUCAACAUCAUCACGAUUCGUCGCACAAGGUGCCUCUUCUGCCUUUGCAGAUAGAGCUGGAAGGCGCACCACACUCUCUCGCUGUCGAUUAUGAUCUGCCUCUUUCUCCCCUCUCCAAACAUCAUUGGGGUUCGAGCCCUUGGGUCUCGCGUCUCGGCGACUUUGCAGAUCGAUCUUCCUCCUCGCUGGUACCAUCACUCGUUGGUCUGCCUUUGCUCGUCUCCAUCUUUGCCCACAUCUACUUUCGCAUGUUUUCGACGCUGCACAUCUUUUUGGCACUCGUUUGGAUAGGUCUUCCUGUCGCAACCAUCUCGACAUUAGUCGCAGUAGCCUUAAAAUCAUACCACAGUGGCAACACAAGACGAGAGCAUUUCAGGGCGCUCGUUCUCAUUACCCUUCUAUGUACAGUCGUCUGGAGUACCCUCACCGUCAGCCCGCGUUGGGAUGUAACACUUUCCAGCUCAUCUGACUUUUCCGCCAACAACGAAACCGUCUUCAUCACCGCCAAUUUGUACAACUCUGAACACCUCUUUCCCGCUUUUUCUGACUCGCUACUUGAGCUCGUGCACCAUCUUGGCGAGUCGAAUGUCUUUGUUUCCAUCUACGAGAGCAAUUCGCAAGAUCGCACCAAGCAGCUUCUGUCAUCACUCGAGCGUGAUCUUCAUCUUCAUGGCGUCCAGAAUAGCAUCCGCAUGCUCGACAACAGUCGCAGACACGACAUGAGCCGGAUCGAGCGUCUCGCCAUCAUCCGAAACGAAGCCUUGAGCCCAAUACAGGCCGGCAUUCACGGUCUGCAUGGCCGCAAUUUCUCCAAACUCGUUUGGCUCAACGACAUUUUCUUCCGUCCAGAAUCGGUAUUAGAACUCCUUUCGACCAAUGCGGGGCAUUAUGACCAAGUCUGCGCGCUGGACUACUUUCCGCUUGGCUUCUACGACACCUGGGUCAUGCACGACGUGCAAGGCAAUCGUCCGACACCUUUGUGGCCCUACUUCAAGCUCGAAUCAGAUAUUUCCAGCUUGCGCAGAGGCGAGAUCAUUCCGGUCAACAGCUGCUGGAACGGCAUGACCGUCUUUGACACGAAAUGGUUUCUUCCCACCAGUGGAGACGGCAAGAAUUCGACGAGCGCAGGUGUCGAUGACGGUCCUAUUCGCUUCCGCACACAUCCUCUGUGCUUGGUCUCUGAAUGCCUUCUUACCAGCUACGACAUCCACGUUCGAAGCAAGCAGCGUCCACUCAUCUUUGUCAAUCCUAAGGCGGUGGCUACAUAUCAGUGGCGCGACUAUCUCAUGUACGACUGGAUAAUGCGUUCCAGCAUCGUCACUAUCUGGAGUCGCUUCUGGCAAGACUUGAUCAGCCAUUCGCUGUUUCCCUUUCUCGUCGAGAUCGGCCGCAAACAGGACAACUGUGCUGAGGCACUUCGGAGCGGCUGGAAGCCGUUGACGUGA